AUGCCGUCCGACGAGUCCGUAUUCUCCGCUGCCGUGGGCAUCCUCUACGUUACCUGCCCUCUAAUCUUCCUUUACCUCCAGUUCUGCACAGUCCCCUACGGCCGCCAUGCCCGCCCCGGCUGGGGUCCCCCGCUCCCGCCCGCCGCUGCCUGGUUCCUCAUAGAGAGCCCCACCAUCUGGCUGACCCUCCUCCUCCUCCCCCACGGUCGCCAUCUCUCCCAUCCGCUAGCUCUCGCCAUCAUCUCCCCCUUCCUCCUGCACUAUCUCAACCGCACCGUCGUCUACCCCAUCCGCCUCCUGCGCAGCGGCACCAAGGCGGGCUUCCCCCUAUCCGUCGCUGCCGUCGGCUUCUGCUUCAACCUUCUCAACGCCUACGCCCAGACCCGCUCGGUCACCCACUACGCGCACUAUCCGCCGGCCGGAGACGUCGGCUGGUGGAUAUGGGCACGGGUGGCGGCGGGGCUAGCCGUGUUCCUGUGGGGGAUGGCGGUGAACGUCUCGUCGGAUCUGGCCCUGCUGAGGCUGAAGAAUACUGCGGGCGGCGGCUACAAGGUGCCGGAGGGCGGAUGGUUUGAGCUCGUGGCCUGCCCCAACUACAUGGGGGAGGCGGCGGAGUGGCUGGGCUGGGCUGUGGCGGCCUCCACGCCGGCGGCGCUGGCCUUCUUCCUCUACACCUGCGCCAACCUCUUCCCCCGGGCCUCCUCUCACCGCCGCUGGUAUCUGCAGAACUUCGGCCACCGCUACCCGCCGUCCAGAAAGUCCAUCAUACCCUUCGUCUUCUAA